CCGAGUCGCCUGUCGCGGGUGCCGCCAUGUUGGUGAGGAGAAAUCACCGUUACGGCCACUGUCCAAAUCCCCGCGUCGCUGCGCGCCGCCCGCCCGCUCCCAAGCCUCAGCCACCGGCGGCGAAUAGAGACUAAAGCGGCAGCGCCGGCAGCGCGGGGCCGUGGCCCAGUGUUUGCAGUUAGAGCCCCACCUCUCUGGCGUGGUUGUUAAUAGACUGGAAAGUCUGUGUCUGUGUCGCUCACUAGUAACCGUGAGUUUUUACCACUUCGUCACCUCCCGGCGGCGGCCGGGAGCAGGUACCCGCAGGCGGCGCAGGGAUCCUCCCCGCGCCCCGCCGCCGCCGGCCUCGCAGACCUGCCCUCCAGCCCCGCCCCGUUCUUGACCAAACAUGACAGACUCUGAACAUGCAGGGCACGACAGAGAAGAUGGUGAAUUAGAAGAUGGUGAAAUAGAUGAUGCAGGAUUUGAAGAAACACAAGAACAGGAAGCAAAAGAGGAUGAAAAGCAGAAAAAUGAGAAAGCCUACAGAAAAUCAAGGAAAAAACACAAGAAAGAAAAAGAGAAGAAAAAGUCCAAAAGGAGAAAACGUGAGAAACAUAAGCAUAAUUCUCCAUCCAGUGAUGAUAGUUCAGACUACAGCCUUGAUUCAGAGGUCGAACAUACAGAAAGUUCCCACAGAAAAAGAAGUGGUUUCUACAGGGAUUAUGACAUUCCAUUUCCUCAGCAUGGACAUAUAUCAGGAAGCUACAUGGCAUCAAAGAAGAGUCAACAUAACAGAAAAUUUAAAAGUAAAGAAUAUGAUGAGUACAGUACCUACAGUGAUGAUAACUUUGGUAACUACAGUGAUGACAACUUUGGUAACUACAGUCAGGAAACAGAGGAAGAUUUUGCCAGUCGGCUGAAACAAUACAGGCAAGCUAAAGAAACCUCAAAUACUGCUUUAGGAUCAUCCUUUUCUAAAGAACCAGGGAAAAAACAAAGAUUGAAAGGGAUCCAGCAAGGUAUUGAACAGAGGGUUAAAAGUUUUAAUGUUGCUCGUGGACGCGGCUUGCCGAAGAAAAUCAAACGCAAAGACCGUGGAGGAAGGGCCAAUAAAGGGCCUAAUGUGUUUUCAGGAACAGAUGACUUUCAAGAGUAUAGUAAACCAGGGAAAAAAUGGAAGGUUAUGACUCAGGAAUUUAUUAAUCAGCACACAGUGGAACAUAAAGGAAAACAAAUCUGUAAAUACUUUCUGGAAGGGAGAUGUAUUAAGGGAGAUCAAUGUAAAUUUGAUCAUGAUGCAGAGUUGGAGAAGAGAAAAGAGAUCUGCAAAUUUUAUUUACAAGGAUAUUGUACCAAAGGAGAGAACUGCAUUUAUAUGCAUAAUGAAUUUCCAUGCAAGUUCUAUCAUAGUGGAGCAAAAUGUUACCAAGGAGACAACUGUAAAUUUUCACAUGAUGAUCUCACUAAAGAAACAAAGAAACUUUUGGACAAAGUGUUGAAUACUGAAGAAGAAGCUACAAAUGAAGAUGAAAGAGAGUUAGAAGAACUUAGAAAGCGUGGCAUAACUCCUCUUCCCAAACCGCCUCCAGGAGUUGGGCUUCUGCCAACCCCACCAGAGCAUUUUCCCUUUUCUGAUCCCGAAGAUGAUUUUCAGACAGAUCUCUCUGAUGAUUUCAAGAAAAUUCCAUCUCUCUUUGAAAUAGUUGUAAAACCUACUGUGGAUUUAGCACAUAAAAUUGGGAAGAAGCCACCAGCAUUUUAUAACAGUGCCUCACCACCAGGACCACAAUUUCAGGAAAGCAGCCCACAUACUCAACAUAUCUAUAGUUCUGGGUCAAGUCCAGGUCCCGGACCUAAUAUGUCUCAGGGACACAAUAGUCCUGUGAUGCACCCAGGCUCCCCUGGACAUCAUCCAUGCGCAGGACCUCCUGGUCUACCAAUGCCGCAGAGCCCACCUUUGCCGCCUGGUCCACCUGGAAUUGUAGGCCCUCACAGUCAAGCGGGAGUACUUGUUCAACCGGAUACACCUUUGACACCACCAAAUAUGAGUGGUGCUUACCAUUGCCCUGGCUUUCCAGAACACAUGAUGAAAGUACCUAGAGAGAAUCACUGUUCUCCAGGUUCAUCACACCUGCAAAGUCCUGGUGAAAUGCAGCUCAAUACCAAUUAUGAGUCCUUACAAAACCCAGCUGAGUUUUAUGAUAAUUACUAUUCACAGCAUGCUGUACAUAAUUUUCAGCCACCCAAUAACUCUGGUGAUGGGACGUGGCAUGGUGAAUUUGCCCAGCAUCAGCCUCCUAUCGUUCAAGACUCACCUACCCGCGGGAGUGGGUCUGACAGCAGCAGUAAUGUGACAGGCCAUGGCCCCCUGCCUGCACCAGGUCUCCUCCCUGCAGUGCAGAGAGCUCUUUUUGUUAGACUUACUCAGAAAUACCAAGAAGAUGAAGAACCAGGCAGCACCCAACCUCAGAGGGCACCAAGCAAGGAAGAAGAUGAUACUGUUAACUGGUAUUCCAGUAGUGAAGAGGAAGAAGGAAGCAGUGUCAAGUCAAUACUGAAAACAUUGCAGAAACAAACAGAAACUUUAAGGAGUCAACAACCUUCCACAGAACUCAGCACUCCUACUGAUCCAAGACUUGCUAAAGAGAAAAAUAAAGGAAGCCAAGUGGUUGACCCUAGACUUAGGACUAUCUCAAGGCAAGACGUUAGAAAAUCUUCUGAGUCUACCCCACUGGAUCUUAGACUUGCGUGGGAUCCCAGGAAAUUAAGAGGGAAUGGAAGUGGUCACGUAGGUUCUUCUGUUGGUGGAGCAAAGUUUGAUUUACAUCAUGGAAAUGCUGGCCCUAAUGUCAAACACAAAAGAGGAGACGAUGACGAUGAAGAUACAGAAAGAGAACUGAGAGAAAAAGCUUUCUUAAUACCUUUGGAUUCUUCCCCUGGUAUAAUGCUCCAGGAUCCAAGGUCACAACUGAGGCAGUUUAGUCACAUUAAAAUGGAUAUUACCCUAACCAAACCCAACUUUGCAAAACACAUCGUGUGGGCUCCAGAAGACUUACUUCCAGUCCCUUUACCUAAACCUGACCCAGUAUCUUCAAUCAAUUUACCUCUGCCCCCUCUUAUAGCUGAUCAGAGGCUCAGUAGGUUGUGGAAUACAAAAAGUGAUCUUCGUCAAAGCACAGUGCCCACUGAUGCAAAACUAGCAGGCAAGGCCAAAAUUAACACAGCAAACAGAGAAGGCUACCUAGAACAAUUUGGAGACGCACAUAGUUCAGGAAGUAAGUUAGGAGACCCUAGGCUGCAAAAAAGUUUUGAUCCUAGACUUCACAGACUGCAUAGUACAGAGUCUCAUCAAGCAGUUAUGAAGGAUUCACAUACAUCAAAGGGUGCCCCUCAUGUAGCCAGAUCAAACUCUGGUUCAUCACAGCCCUUAGGGGCAGUAUCUAGCAAUUCUGGUCCUGGGGCUUUGCCUCCAUAUGCCCCUAAACUCUCAUCUUCAGCUGGCCUUCCCCUGGGAACUCCAGGUUCAGUCCUUAGUGCUAUUAGUUUGUAUGACCCUAGGGAGCAUAGUUCAUCAUCUACAUCAGAGCCAGCAACAGAAAAUGCAGAGAGCCAGAAAAAAAGUGGUGGUUUAAAAAGUAGUGAUAAAAACGAGCCUCCUACUGGAGAAGCAGUCCUACCACAGAAAAUCGCUCCAAACGUGGACGUCCCUGUUGAUGGGCCAGCUGACCCAGAGGCAGAUAUUCUUGGGAGUUCCGGUACCGUUCAGGUCCCAGCAGUGCACAGUCUUCCGAUUCAGGCAUUAACAGGCUUAAUUAGACCCCAGUACAGCGAUCCAAGACAGUCAAAGCAGCCGGGUCAGGUGAGCCCCACCCCAGAUGAUGACCCUCGUAGAGCAACAGAUGACAAAUCUCUGAAAGAGGUUUUUAAAACUUUUGAUCCAACUGCUUCACCGUUUUGUUAGCUAUUGUGUAAUUAAGCAGUUCUUUUCACUCUUGUGACUAUUGCAGUCCCCUGCUGUUUUGUAACUGGUUUACCUCUAUAGUUUAUUUAUUUUUAAAUUAUAAACACUUUUCAGCUGCUAGUAUCAGAACCACAUGAAGUUAUAUCCUCUAAAGCCUGUGGUAUUUUAUAUAAUAUUUUUAUAAUUUUAAGAGACUGUAGUAAUUGACAUAGAAACCUAUAUAUCACGUUAGCUUCAGUAAAAGUACUUUUAUUGUAAAUAAACCAUCAUGAACUCAACACUCUGCCUGAAUAUAUGCCAGUUGUCUUUCAUAAUCAGUGUUUAGAUAAAUGAUUACCACUUUUAUAUGGUUAUUAGUUUCAAGCAAUAUAAUGUACAUUACUUUUCAGAAACAGUAUUUUGACUAGGAUCCUAUUUGUCAACACAGAACUGAUUAAUAUGUAAUGCUGACUGCUAGCUAAAAUGUAAAAUGAAGUAAAACAUUUUUAAAAUCAUAAUUAGCAGAGCAGUUCAUGUUUAAGGGCAUCACUUUUAUUAGUACUGGCAAUAUUAUUUGUGUAAAUGAAGCAUUUGAAUGUUGUACCUUUUAAAAGUAUUUUAUGGUAUACUGUAUCAUAGAAGUUGGAGAUAUAUAAAUAGAAUGUUUUGCUAAAAUGAAAAAUUCCCGAGUUCUCUAACAUAACUUUUUAAUUUUUCAUAUUAAUAGUUAUGAGUUACUGCUGUGUUACAUUAUGAUGUUUAUGCGUUUCGAUGUUUUUUGUCUUUAGCAGCAUAAUUUAUAUUACUUUUUCAAAUGAUGUAGCUGCAAUAAUUGUAUUCAUCAUGACUUUGGCAAUUUUUAACAAAAUUUUAAAAGAUCCAGUGAGUCUGUGGUGAUUAUUUCAUUGAUAAUGUUUUAAAUGUCCAGGUUCUAUAUUUUUUCUUAAAUAGCGAGAAAACACAGAGAUGGUAUAGUCAACUGUAUAUGGCUACCAAUAAAGAAUCUCUUUCAGAUCUCACCUGACUGGCAUUCUAUAACAGAGGAGACUGCCUGGUGUUUUAAUGUAUUCAAUGUCGUCAUAGUUUGGAAACCUCCUGAAUUGAUUAGAGGUUGUAUUUUUAUGAAAAAUAAUUUGUACUCAUUCUUGUAUAUUUAUUGCAGUAUAUAAAUAAUGGCAACCCUACCUGUUUUAUACAUAUAUUAUUUAUAACUAAAACUAAGUAGUACACUUAGUUUCAGGCUAAGUGUAUAUAUUAAUAUCUUGAACUAGAGGUAUGUGACAGUAUUUGCUAGUAACAACUCUAAUAAGUAACUUGAAAAGGAGUAUUUCAUUAUAAAAGAUAAUGGAAGUAGAGGAAAUCAGUCCUUGAGAAGUGAUUUUUAAAAUAUACAGCAAAAUAUUUAUGUGGGAACCUAACACUCAGAUAGCAUAUGGUUUAAUACUAAUGUAUAUCCUUUCUAUUCCCUUCUUCACUUUUUACUUUUUUUGCCCUGAGUCCGUGCUUAAAUGGGGUUGCAGUUAAGUGAACAAGAAUUCUGCCUGCCUACCUAAGAAGUUCAUUGUGUUCUAAGUGGAAGGACAGUUGUUCAAGGGAAUGUGAGUUCCUACUAUUUAUACUUUGGUUACAUUGUAGCCUAAAGUGGUUCUGGAUAAUGUUUUGGGGUUAAAAAAUGCAGUUUAAAGCCAUGAUAGAAAGAAUUUUUUGACUUACUAUCCAAAUGAACUUUAUUGUUAAUUGAAAAGUCAAUAAAAUGGAUAAAACUGACCAAAAAAAAUAUAGACACAUUUAUAUUCCUAAGAAUAAUAUUCCUUUAUCAGGAUAAAAUCAGUAAAAUUGCUGAAUUUUAGUAAUUAAAUUUAAAAUUUUAGCAAAUCUUUAAUUCAUGAUUUUAUAAUUAUUGUAGGUGAUGCUGUUUACAUUUAAAAUAUCACACAAAAAAAGAUAAUUUGGAUGUUAAAGAUCAAAAUGGAAUCCAAAUUUUUUUCCAGAUUCUUAACAGAAGAUCCUUUUUACUAAGAGAGAUAUUAAAAGAUUAAUUUAAAAGUAAGAUUUAAAAACCAUUAAAACUUACUUACUAAGUAAGUUCAUUUACUUAGUAUUCUUGAGCCCCUAUUACAUCGGCUAGUGGCCUGGAGGCUAUUUUACAAGAAAGUUUGAACUUACCUUCAAAUUUAACAAUAUAUUUUUUAUGAAAAUGUUUUAUUUAUGUUUAAAAUAAUGAUUUUUUAUUUGUAAUGCUUUUUAAUUGAGAUAACUUUAGGGAAUAUUCUAUUAUAUCCUAUCAACCUGGAUUAUCUUAAUAUCCUUUUUUCCCAUUUUCUUACCAAAAUUUAAUAAGUAGCCAUUCUCUCUAAUUAAUAAGCUCCUUGUAAGGUGAAUUGGUGUUUUUAGAAUCCAUCUAAUUUGAUUUACACUAUUACACUGAAAAGUACAUUAUGUCCCUAUUCUUAGAAGCCAAACAUUUACAGAUAACAGAAAUAACUGUGUCUUUAAAGAGUCUGCUAGACUCAUUGGUUGAGAUGUAACUUAACUAUUCAUACUGGUUUGUGAGAGUUUUAUACCUGUUCCCUUUGAUGUUGAAUAGAGUGGGAUAUGUCAGGGUGUUGAGUUGGGAUAUCCAGAUGAUCAUAAUUUAGAUUGAGCAGCUACUUUCCCAUGUCUUGUUUAGUUUGCUCCCAACUCCUCUCUCUGGAGGUUUCCUAGUUAGGACCUCAUUCUGAAUCUUGAAAAUGAACCAAAUGUUGGAGUGAUUUCAAACUCUGCCUCAGCAGUUAGGUCUGUUGCUGUACAGACCCUCUGUGUUACCCAGCCAUAUGCACUAAACCCCAGAAUUAGGUUGCAACCAAAGUAGCCUAAUUAUGAAAUGAUGUUUGCUUAGGUUUGUUUGUCUUUUAACUUGCCUUAGGAGUUUAGUAGUUUUCCUUGCUAGUCGUACUUACUUUAAGAGUAGAAGAAUAGUUGAUUAGUAAAAAAAAAUCCUGUAUGAGUGUUCGUAUAAGCUACUUGCUGAACUAAUUAGAAGAGAGAGAGGGAGGAAAGGAGAACUUAUGAGGGCUAGAGGUUUAUGACAAUGAAUUCAUAUUCUUGUUCUGAAUUGAUUUAUAGGUGUUUUAUCUUAAUGUCUAGUUCGUUUUCUGUGAAAUGGGUAUAAUUUUGACUGUUUACAGAUUUGAUGUAAGGAGUGAAGUAAUUAUCAUUUUUAAGUAUUUGUAAAUAUAAAAUUGCUUUAUGACUUUCACAAACGUAAUCAUUACGUUCCCACUGGGUUUGCAUUAAGUUGUACAGAUUCCGAAAUAACAUGAUAUGGUUUGUGUGGUGCACCAGUUCUAUGAAGUUUCAGACGAUACACAUUUGAGACACAGUAGAAUUGCCUGAGAAGUUGUUUCAGAGAAUAUUAACCCAUCAAGUUGGCAAUUUCCUUAAACAUUUUGUGUAUCAGUAAAACACAGGACUUUCCUAUUUUAGAGCUCUAUGGACUUGUAGUGUCUAUUCAAGAUCUGACCGCUCUGCCCAUUUUAUGCAAGUUGGAUAUUGAUGGAGGGUGUAAAUCCUCUGAUAGUCAGUGUCGUGUGACGUAUUUGCUUGAAUCAUAGCACGUGUGUUGUGGGCGAAGUGGCCAACUCAGUCAGUAUAAGGGCUGUUAGCUUUUAGAAACACUAGGGAUGUUUACUCCCACCUCUUAAUAUAUAUUUCUGCAAGCAUGUGACAUUGAGGUCUUUCUUAGUGACCAUUUGCUUGAUAUUGAUAAAGGUACAUUUUCCUUUGGUUAAUGGCAUCUUGACGUUCGGAAGUUCCUACGGAUCUAGAUGUGAGGGCUUGUCAAUGUAUUUCCAUUUGCACAGGACAGAGUCUUACGGUGGAGAUGUUCUCCCUGAGCUCACCCUUCUGGGCUGAGGGCUACACCUCAGAGGGGUUGUCUGUGCUAAAGGCUGUACCUCGGCGAGGUGGUCUGCAGUCAAGCAGUCCACUGAUAGGGUGCCUGCAACCUUCAAUAUUGGGCUUUCUGUGAAUUUCUAGAAUGAAGGGUUGUAAUUAUCUUUUCAGAAAUGGUUUGGCAGCACUUGAUGCUGUUAUGUUCAAAAUUUAGUGGUCAUUAGUAAACUUAAUUAGUUUAAAUAAGGCUGAGUUUAGGAAAUUAAAGCUUUGACAAAAUGUAACCAAACAGGGUCUGAGUGUUUAAAGCUGUUUUUCUCACUUAUGUGUUAGGACUUGGUGUUUAUGUAAUGUCUCUUCCCGAAGUAGCUUACGUGAUUUGCAGAACCAGCGCCAGUAGCUACCAAUCGCUGUUAUUGCUGGCGUUAUGUUUUCGAGUAUGUUAUUUAUUAGCAGCGUCUGCCAGUUGUAACAAAGUCCAAAUUAACCUGCCUUUCUUGGAAAGGACACAUACCUAAGAAAGGACUUUAAGUUAAUGUCAACAUAACAUUUAGAAUUUCUCAUUUUAAAAUAAGAAAUAAAAAGCACAUUUUAAACUGUACUUUAUGCUUUUGGAGGCAGAACCCAUAUGUGUCUCCUUGCUUCUCUGUUUUCCCAUUGCAGCAAGCCUAGUGCUACGCACACCGUGGGUGCUUUGUUCCCAACGUCCAUCCAAGUUUAGAUUUUGCAGGUGCUGUCAUCUGUUAGAGUAGAUGCGACAGAGCCAUUCCAUGAUCGUAUUAGAAAGAGUACAAUAAUAAAUUAUACCUCCUUCAGUGGACACAGGGCACCAACCUUCUCUUUUUUUGUCUCCCCUCCCCACCUCCCACCCAAACAAUGUGAAAGUAGGGUUAUGGCAGCUUUACUUAGGAGUUAUAUGUUUCUACAAUAGUUCGUAAUUCUAUGAGUCCUCCAGACUUACAAGAUAAUUUUACUACUUCAUUGUGGAAGUUUGAAUAGAUCAGUAAUUUAUCCCCAUAGAUCUAUGAAGGGUUCUUUCUGUAAUCUGAAAGAACUCCAUGCUAGAGUCUUAUGUUUUUAUGUUAAAAUAUAUUUCUCUAAUUUCCCCCUUCCUAUUCUCCUCAAAAUUCAACCAAAAUUAUGAAGAUAUGCCUAACCUAGUGAAUUUCCAAUCGCAUUUUAUCCUAAGACCAUUAACUUACCCUUUCAGGUCAUGAAUUGGACUCUAAAUCUGGGUCUUGUGUCUUGUCCUUAAACACCCUUCCUUACCCUUUAGAACAGAACAGUCAUGUGCUACAGUUGUGAGCAUAAAGGAAAUCCGUUUUUUCCAACAACUAUGAGUUCUUGGAACAAUAUCUUGUAGCUUGGUUUAUCAUUGGAUCUCUUGUUUUUUAAACUUAGAAUUUAUGAGAAAAAAGUUAAUAUAUAGCUUGUUAUGGCAUUUUAGAAGAAAAUCUCCGGCUCCACGCUCCUUGGCUCAUUACUCUACUGAUUUUAAUACCUCUGUGAGGUUUUAAAGGUUGAGAGGAAUGGCGAAAUUUGUGUUAGAUAAUAUUAUUUUGUCAGUGAUGUGAUAUAUAGGUUAUUGUAAAGGAGUUAAAUACACACAGACCCAAUUUUUGAAAAUUAGUCAUGUUCUUCCCAAACUUCCAUUACAAGCAAGAUCUUGGGGUUUGUUGUCCGUGAUAGACUGUACAUUUUAUGUGCUUUUUAAGUAGAGAAGGUGAAAAAUAAUUAACUAGUAUUGCAGAUAAGAGGUCUUAGUCCACCUAUAUUUUAUAGGAAUUUGCCCUCCAAAUGUUUGAGAGAGAAGUCACAUAAGAUAGGAGAAUAUCUUUUCCUGAAGUAGAAUGAAAUUUCCUUUAAAAGUGACAAUCAAGAAAUAGUCAUUUCUAUACUUACUUGCCAAAGUUUUUAAAAAGUUUAUGUUUCUUACCGUAAACCCAGUGCUCCUCCACCAAGGAUUCAGAAAGGGCUCAGUAUAAAGCCAGGGUUCUAGGCCAUUUUGCUUUUAGUCUAGGGCUGCUGAGCUUGCACAUGGUAAGGGCAUUGAUGGCACUUGUGUCCUAGGAUGUCAUGUGUCUGUGUGUUUGGUAGGAGGUGGUGUUGUGUCCAGAUUCCUGGUCGCCCACUUUCUAUCAGAUUUACAAGCACCAUCUGUAAGGUAGGCUGAAAUCCAGAUUAAACCUAUGCAGUAUGAAGUAGUGGGUUUUUUUUAACUUCCUACUGUGAAUUAUUUCAGUUCCCCACAUUGUAUCUCAAAUGGUGGGGAAAUGCUGCCUUGACUGUUUCACUUUGGAGGGUUUUAAUAGAUGCCAAUUUAGUAGAUUAACUAAAUUAUUAACCUACUGUCUGUUCAAAAGACACCAGCAAAGGGUGUACUUGGCUGAAUUGAUAAAUUAUUCUACACGAGGACUAACAAAUCCCUUGGUAACAUCAGGAAUAUCUUUUUUUUCCCCUUCUAAUUUACUAAAAACUUUUCCAAGUUGCAUUCUGUUGUUGCAAGUUUCUGUAGUUUUCUUCUGUGACAUCUUUCUAUUGUCUGACUUUA